UCCCGCCUCCUCCCAGCUGCGUCCGCCGCUGUCCCGUCUGUCUGCCCGGUAUCUGCCCCGCUGCUCGGCGCUGCUCUGCCCCUCUCCCACCCCGGACCCAAAGCCUCUGCCUCCGCGUUCACCACCCCGGCUCCUCGAACCCUCCCUUCCCUCCACCCAGUGCAUGCACCAGCGCCGAAAUCAUGACGGGCAUCGCCGCCGCUUCGUUUUUCUCCAAUUCCUGCAGGUUCGGCGGCUGCGGUCUCCAGUUCGAGACUCUCGCCGAGCUCAUCGUCCACAUCGAGGACAAUCACAUCGACACAGACCCGCGGGUUCUGGAGAAGCAGGAGCAACAGCAGCCCACUUAUCUGGCCCUAAGCUACAUAAACAGGUUCAUGACAGACGCGGCGCGCCGGGAACAGGAGACCAUGAAAAAGAAAGCCACGCCCAAACUGUCCCUGUCCAUCACGGGCGGCGUGUCCAGAAACAGCACGGCCACGCCUCCCCGCCACACAAGUGGUAACUUGACACCUCCGGUCACGCCCCCCAUUACCCCGUCCUCCUCCUUCCGCAGCAGCACACCUACAGGCAGCGAGUAUGACGAGGAGGAGGUAGACUACGAGGAGUCAGACAGCGAUGAGUCGUGGACCACAGAAAGUGCCAUCAGCUCCGAGUCCAUCCUCAGCUCCAUGUGCAUGAACGGGGGAGAGGAGAAGCCGUUUGCCUGCCCUGUCCCUGGCUGCAAGAAGAGAUACAAGAAUGUGAACGGCAUCAAGUACCAUGCCAAGAACGGCCACCGCACGCAGAUCCGCGUGAGGAAGCCCUUCAAGUGUCGCUGUGGCAAGAGCUACAAGACGUCACAGGGCCUGAGACACCACACCAUCAACUUCCACCCGCCUGUCUCCACCGAAAUCCUGCGCAAGAUUCAAGGCUAGAGCGUGCGGUAGUGCCAGACAUCUGCCCCAAACAUAGCCCUAUUCAAUCCUGACUUUCCUUUUCUUUUCUUUUUUUAAAUUCCCAUUCCACACACUAAAGGAUCAAGUGCAUGCUUUAAGUUCUUAAUAUUUUUAUUUGUUGUGUUACGUUGUUUUUUUUUCUAUCCAUGUUAUAUCACUUGUAUUUUUUGAAAGAAAAAGUAUCUUUGUAGUAUUUUUAUUGUUGUACAUUUGCACAUUCGUAUAUGCUAUCACAAUAUUAUUAUUCUUUUCGUUGUUCUUAUUAUUUGACUCAUAUAAGGUGCUAACUGUAAAAAAAAAAAAAAAAACAGAGAGAAAAGACAAAAAACAAAUGGAAGAAGAGAGAGGGAAAGAGAAACAGGAAGUGCAACUAAGCCCGGCCCCUUUUUUCUCUUGCACGUCUUUGCGUGGGGAUGAAGUUGUUUUUUGGCGCCAAUUUGAGCUCAUGCCUUUUUUCACACGCCCGUCUCGGGGAGUGUCAACGACUUCGCUGAGCUCAGAUCGGAGCUUUCACAGGAACUUCUCGGGGGCGGGGUUUGAGUACGAGAGUGCAGUUAUACUUAAACAAAACAGAUAUAUUGAUAUAUUAAAAAAAACAAUAGACAGAUAUGUACGUGUACAUAAAAUAUAUAAAAGGUAUUCAUGAGCGUAUACAUAGUUACACUUUAUUUUCAAGCUUUAUUUUAUAUAUAUUUACGUCAGUGUUUUAGAUAGUGUUCUUUUCCUAUGAGCGAGUAAAAAAAAAAAAAAGCGUUCCUUUCAUGCAUUACUUGAUGAAUUUGCUGAGAUUUGUCACUUCAGAGGACCAGUUCUCUCCCUCUCUCUUUCUCUCUCUCGCCAAACUCGCUGUUGACCAGGAAGAGAGACGUAUUUGAACAAGGACCGGGCCAACAGAUCCCAUUUCAUCCACACAGAAAAAGCCUCGUCGUCUGUAUUACACGCGCAUCUCCGGUGUGUCCUCAUUCACGCAGAGUGCCAGAGCUGUGAAAGAGCAGGUUAAGCAUCGAACUAAAACUUCCCACUUGCCAAGAUCUUUGUUGUCGUUUUCAUUUCCCAUGAUCAUUGCCAACAGCUCUUCACUGCCAAACAUUGAUCAUACCAUGUGCCUGAAGAGGGGGUGGGGGGGUUGGGGCGGGGCGGGGGGACGGGGCGUGGGUUCGAGUAGUUUGGAGCCGUAGGUCGCUAAAGCGCGUGGCAGUGGUUUUUCCUUGUCCGUCACACGCCUCCACAACGUGCCGAUGGACGGAUGUACUUUUGACAGAAUGUCGACAUGCAUGCUUUCUGUGUCGUACUGUGAGAAACUGUAUGAAAGGAGAGGGUGGAUUGGUGUGUUCUUACCACCUGCAACCUGUCAUUUUGUGUGUGUUGUAAUCAAUGGCAUUCCAGUUCACUGUAUGUACGAACGCGAUGUGAAGUGAAUGAGUGAGUGCUGCAUCUGUGUGUCUUGUUUUCCAGAUGAAUCAUCAGCCUCUUAAGUGUUAACUGUUGUCAGUGUGUGUGUGUGUGUUCUCAGCGCCAGGCCCGGCUUGGUUCGACUCCUGUAGAGCAGGGCGGUCGAGUAGAUGGCCGGGUUGGCCGGCCGGCGCUGUCGUGUCAUGUAGUGUUUAUCGUCCUGAACCGGGAUCCUUUUUUUUUCGUUUAUUGCCUCUAGAAAACCAAGAGCGGUGCUGCACCUACACCGCCGUGCCAAGACACCUUCAUUCGUGACAUGAUUUCCCUUCCAUCACGCCACAAGACGUUUAAGGUCGAAGGCUCAACGUUUUUUGAGCCUUUGUUUUUCAUUUUCAAAAGGUACAGUGACCUCUGAUGUGCACACACCCUCCUGCCCUCCGAGCAGCUAUGACCAUGGAAAAUACUUCAUUUGGUUCGGUAACUUUUUGACCAAGCAAUUUCACUGAGAAUGUGACAUUUUAAGAAACAUUUGAUGGAUCAUUUUACCCCCGUAUUUUAUGUUUAAUGUAAUUUUCUGACAGUGUGGUAACAUUUCUUGAUGUUAUUGCCUUUGGUUUGGUGUUCGUGAACAGAAAUGAUGUGACAUUUGUUCGUACGCCAAGUCCCUUUGGCUCCGUCGAGCAAUACUAUCAGACCUGACGGGGGGGGAGUGUUUGUGUGUGUAUAUUUUAAGGGUUUGCACGACAGCUUUAACAAACAAGCACAAAAGAGUCAACAAGUUGGACCAGAUCCACACUAAACCCAGGAGAUAGCCUCAUUCCUGGCAGUCAUCGUAAGGGGGGAGAUGCAGCCAAGCUGGAGGGUGACUGAGAGUCUCCACAUUUAAGCUCUGUCAAACACUUGUUAAACCAACCCCCCCUGCUUCAUGGACACGGCUGUCGCCAUGGCAAUAGUUUGAUCUCAACAGGAGGGCCAUUAGCAGUAUUACACAUAUGGGACUGGAGGAGUGGAGGCUGUGUGCAGGAGGAGGGGCUGAGGGAGGGCUUUCAGUAUAUUGUGUACAUUGAAUGUAUUGUAAUGUGCGUCUUUUGUCAAGUGCUUUUAAAUUAUAUUUUCGUAUGUAAUGUGGAGACCAACGUGUCCUUUUUUGUAUCGGGGGGGACAAGAGGUUGUGAGCAGAGUGACUUGUAAAUGAUGUCAAACUGUACUUUCUAUAUAUAUUACAAAAAAAAAGAGAAGCUGCUUUUAUGUAAACAGGAAACGACUGAAAUUGAAAAAAAAAAAAACAAUUAAAAAAAGUGCAAAAAUAAAGUCAAAAGCUACACGGCUCAAACUCAAAAAAAAGGUGGAGUUCCUGUCUUCAUUUUUGAAAUCCAGACGAAGCACGAGGGAGUGAAAUGCAUUUAGACAAGCUUACUUUAUUGAUAAAGAUCUCUGAAGUACACACUCAAAACCAUCUGGACAUUCUUACGUGAAAGGGCUGCAGCGGACACGUCACACACACACACGCACACACAGACGCAGACACACUCUUUUGCCUUGUGAUUACUGGGCAUGUGCAAUUUUUAAAGCCUGAUUCAAACACUGUGACAGUUUUCCUUUGUAAUGACAGAAAAAUAGACAAGCACUGAAGAUGAUGAGGCUCCGUGAGAGACGCGCACGCACACACACACACACAAAUGACAUUCACUCAUGAGGGCCGACACAGAGGCGCUGCACACAGAUGACUUUUCACAGUUGCAACUUGGGGGGGUGGGGGGUAGUGGAAGUACAUAACAGGAAAAAAAAAAGUGUAACUCAAGUGUCCUGCAGUCUACAAUAAUAUCCCCUCAAUAUGCCCACCUUUAUAGGGACAGACCAAAGACUGGAAAGUGCACACCAGGAAGUUAAACAU